AUGUUCGAAUCCUCCAACACGAUGCGAUCAGAGCCCGCCUGCGGCUGGAAGCUCGUGUCGCAUGCUUCCGGUCUCUUCUCAGGGCCUCUCUUUUGCCCAGACCGCGAAUACCCGAGUAUUGUUAUGGCAGAGCAGAACAGCCGCGAUGUGGUAGAUCAGACCCUGUCGGGCGGCGAGCCUUCGUCCUCCGACGUUCCUGCGAGCACCAACGACAAGCCUACUACUGCUGGAGGAGACGUGGAGGAUAUAGGAACUUCAAGCAUGCAAACAUCUUCUGAGCGACGGCCCGACGACAUGACGAGACAAAUGGUUGAAUCUAAUAGCGAAAAGAUGGAAGGUGAAAAAGAGGCUGGAGGCUCUGCGCCAGGGGCUGGCUUUGUAUUGAGGUCAGACUAUGCGCAAAGUGAUGGCCAGAAUGCUUCGACAUCGGAUGGCGGGGACGAUACGGCUUCUUUGGGUGGCUCCGAAUCAGAUACCAGUCGGACUGACGGUCGGAACCACACACGGACAAGUUCAGUCAAGAAGUCUGCAUUCAAACCAGUGUCGUUUACCAAGUUCGCAGUACCAAAAGCACCAGGGGGCCCUGCGCCGCCCAAGGUACCGGAGAAAGUGCCAUCUGCUUCCACUACCCCUUUGGGAACACCUCAACCUAGCUCACGACCUCGUCUCGUUGCAAAGACGACAAGUGGAAUGCGGGAUUCGUUCUCCAAGACCGGUGCAUCCGGUGCUAAGCCUGGCGGGACAGGGCCAGACCCGAAUCAAGUGUGGAAUAAAAACCGGCCUGUCCAGCCUACUCCGGCAAAGCAUUUAACGGACGAAGAGUUGAAGCAACAGUACGGCAUCCACAUGACAUCUAGAAUUCAAGAAGAUGGUGGAGGAACGGAGGCCAAAUGGGCCGAUAUUGACGAUGAUGAAGACGACUGGGCUCCAGAGACCAUUGAAUGGACUGACGGUACUAAAGUCACCUUAACUCACAACGAUGCCUCUUCUCAACCAACCCAAGGCCAAGAGGAGCCCAAGGAAGCACCUGCACCAGAACACCCAAGACCACAGGAGCCUAUCAAAAUCGCUGCCCCGAAGCCAACUACAUCUGUGGGACCAAAUCCUACAGUUCUGCGACUUGGAGCUAAUGCGGAGCGACAGGCUAAGGCAGCGAGUAUUUCGUCUCGCGGAACAAAUGACAGAAUUCCAUCGGGCUCUACGAGCCCUGCUCCUCCCCCGGCCAAGUCACCAUGGGCACCUUUACCUCCGGUCGAGAGAGUGUCACCUGUGAACCCAACCAUGCAUCCACCGCCGCCUCCUACUUCCGCACAGAACCGUGGCGCUGGUCAUUAUUCACACCGCGACGAUAUGCAUCAUGCUCCCUUCCCUCCUAAGGAAAUCGCUGCAGAUGACUUCAACCGGACUUGGCGUGAAUCACCGUCCAAUGCUCCUCGAGAAUUGUACAACUCCCGGUCUGGUCGAUAUGAGCCCGUUGCGGACACUCGUCGAGGCUCUUGGCGCCACGAUCAAGGUCCACGAACUCCAUCUGUCUUGCAAAGACCCAGUCAAAGUGAGUCAGGUGGUCCAGCAGAGCCAUCUGCUGCCUUCCAGACUCAUCGCUCCAGUCACCAAGAUGGUAUGGGUUGGAAUCGUCACCGUACGUCUUCCAAUGUUAGCGGGGGCAGUGGUGGUCUUGGUCGCCGUAUGUCGUUUGGCCGCGUAGAUCCCCCGAGCCGCUAUGCCGAUAGUCGUCGGGGCUCUAUGGCGAGCAAUAUGGUCGAUCCGGCAUUGGUUGAUCCCGCGAAGGAGCCAAUGAACGAGCCAUCUUCUCCCAAUUAUCAGCAACGACAUCCCGGUCCCGGUGGGCAUGCGCACGCCCAGCCACCUGUGGCAGUAAGUAGUGAGGGCUCACCGGUCGAGGGUCAGCAUGCUCCAGCUCCUGUCUCGCAAGAGCCUCAGGAGGACCCCGUUGUGCUACAAGAGCGGAUUAUGAAGGAGAAGCGUAUGGAGGCGAGACAGCGCAGACUGGAACAAGAAGAGAAAGAAAAGGCCGCUAGGGAUGAGAGAACACGGCAGAAACUAGCCAGUCUGGGUCCCCCGCCAGAAAAGAAGCGCAAGGACAGCAUUGAAAGUCGCAAACCUCAAGCACCGGUAACAAAUACUUCCCCUCCGGUCGUCUCCUCCCCUCCCAAACCUCCUGUUCCUGAACCAAGUGGCGCCCCCAAGCAAUAUGGAAUGAUGAAAGUGCACCAUCCUGAUACCGUGAAAAAGCUUGUUGCCGCCAACGAAAGAGAGCGAGCUUCUGAAAAACAAUCUGAAAAAGCUUCACCUCACUUGCGCCGUGCCUCUUCUCCCAACUACGAGCAUCCCAAAACCGACUCUGCCCCUCCCUCUGGUCUUCAACGAUCUCCUUCUGAUCCUCGCACUCAGGAUCACAAGGUUGACUUGCACAGUGGUCAGUGGCGGGGCAAUUUAGCAGUUUCCAACUCCUACGCGCCUUGGUCGACUGGCUCGAACCUCCCGCUACUUCGCCGUCGCUACCGUCUGUGA